AUGUAUUUGGAAGAAGAAACUCUUCGACUAUCAAGAGACACGAGGAUGCUAUGUCACAUCAUAUCACAAAUCAAGACCCUGUUUUGGAUGUCUUCCAGCUCAGCACCUACCACAUUGGCCAGGCAGUUACUGGACAAGGACAACUUAGUAGCAGAUGCUGACGGACCCGUGCUCAUGGUGUGGGGAUGCAACAUGGUGGACAAGUGGGAGUUUAUCCCCUCUCCAUUAUGUCAUCAACACCCCAAAGUGAGGUUUUGGAUCUCAGAGGACACAUCCCGAAACCACACAGGAUACUACGACCCCGCAACUGAGGAAAUCCUUAGCCAGAGCCCGGUUGUACCCUGCAGGCCAAGAUAUGUAGGAUAUCGAGGAGGGGUAGCUUCUGUUCAAAACGGGAGCGUGACCAUGUUAAACACCUCUCUUCCUCACCUGAGUAUCUCGCCUCUCCGCUCCAAUUAUACGUUCAACCCUCCAUCUUGGGAGAGAGACACUACAGCGGCAUCAAAUCACGCUCCUCUGCCCGUGACUUAUGAGGAUGUAGGAGGAUAUGUCGAAUCAUUGGGCUACAUGAUACACCACAUCCACAAGAAGGAUAUCACCUAUCUAAUAAUCAUUGUGACCAUCAGUGGCGUGUGGAUCCUCUUUCUGUCUCCUCUAUACCGGAUGCGGAGGGAUCUGAGAGAAGCCCAGCGGAAGAUUGACACUCUUCUAUACCUCAUGAAAUGA